AACUUUGAAAUUGCAUUUUCUUUGUGGACAACCGAAAACCUAAUCGUUCGUGUAGGCUUAACAGCCAGCUCCCUUAUCAUGCCAAAUUCUUGGUAACCUGCCGUAAAGCCCAACAAUGUGAGAAUUGUUUGGCGUUAUUUUUGUUGUUUGCGAAAAAUGCUCCCCCUCCAUAUUUCAUGGAUGAUUGUGUUCUUCAGAACAAACAGAAUAUUACAUUAUCGCGUGCGGCUGACAAACGCCAGCGUCGGUGACUGUGAUAAGAUACGGGCGACACACCCGGUUCAUUUUAUGGCAAAGCCGACAAAUAAUAUUUUCAAAUUAGCUCUUCGAUUGGAUACCAUCGAAAGUUGCGGCAUUCAGAAUGGAUUUCUCCACAGCAGCAGUCGUGCGUUACCUUCUCCUAAUCGUGGCUGUGUUAAACAGUGCGUCGAGAAGUCACGGCACCGGCUACCCUGAUGACUGUUUCGAUCACUACACGGCAGUGCAGAAUGAAAACGUUUUGAAAAAUCAAAAUCUAACGUUGGCAUGUAAAGAUGAAAAUACCAGGGGAAUUUCCAAUAGAAUAUCCAAAAAAUCUGGUUUUGAUGUUGAAUUCGAAAAGGAAAAUUUCGCCCAGACUGCCGAUGAAAUGUGUAACAACAUGAAAGUGUGUGAGGAUCUGGAGGAUCCUAGAGAAUUUUUGCAGUGCUACAUUAAGGCGACUCAAGACGGCUUCCACAAGUCCAUGCAUAUGAAUUUCAAUGCCACACUGAUUCUCAUUGAACUCAACGAUGAGUAUGAGGAAAACGAUAAAGGGGUCAUGAGAUGCAUUCAAAGGUCGAAAGAAGUGUUUGUGAAAGAAUCAUUAGCGGAAUAUAAUCGAUUGUUACAGUGCUUGGGAUACUGAUCUAAUAUUGUUAUUAAAGAUGUCGUAUGAAAAAUAAAAACGAAAGAUCGUCUCUUAAAA